AUGGAACUGGGCCUGAGCCACGGAGACCCCAGCAGCAUGCGGCUGGCAGGAGCUGCAGCCCGGCUGCAGGGCCAGAGUGCCCCAGCGCCCCGGGACGGCACCCCGGCCUGUGCAUUCGACCUCGCUCGGGUGGUCACGUGCUGCUUGCCAGGCCUGCCCGAAGCUGCUUCUCACGUCUGCCCGGGUCAAGCUGCAGCUUCAAGCAGAGGAGCGCGGGGUCGUGUCCAUCAAGGGUGUGUGCGCCGACCGCUACCUGGCCAUGAAGGAGGACGGGAGGCUGCAGGCGUCUAUGACAAAGUCCCCAAGACUUUCCAGAAUUCCCUUGUCCAGCUUGGGCUUAGCACUAUGAAGUCUGCAGACAUCUGUAUAGGCCGCCCAGUGUUGCUCACCAGCGUGCAUGGAAAGCAGGAGGUCUAUACAGCCUGGCCCGUGGCUGGAUUUCCUGGCGGCAAGGUUGGCCUGAGUGAGGUCGCCCAGAGGAACGUGGGCGUGAGGGUUGGUGAUGCCAUCCGGGUACAGCCUGUCCUGGGCCCUGUGCUACAGGCUGAGGAGAUGGACGUGGCACUCAGUGAGAAAGAUGCGAAUGUUAACGAAGACCAGUUGGCUGGUUGUCUUCUGAGAAAGCUAGAUGGCAAGAUUGUUAUUCCAGGCAACUUUCUGUAUUGUACCUUCUAUGGACGGUCGUGUAGAUUGCAAGUGUUGGGAGUGAGAGGGGCCGAUGGCCUGAUGCUGAGGAGGCCUCAGAGCAGCUCUGACCCAGACGUGCAGGGAAUGGCCUCCGAAGGGCCCAACGCAGAGACCAGCACCCUGGACUUACCUUUGCAGCUGAGCCAGUUGGGGCUGGAGGAUUCCCUGAACCCAGCAUCAAGCAGUACUCCGUGCAAGCCCCCAGAUGACAGAAGCAUAAAUAAAACUGCUGACACUGUGUCAGCUGUUCCACAAAGUCCUGGGAACGGCAGUGGGCUUGGACUUGAGGAAUCCACUGAUCUGAAAUGCAGUUUUGAAUCUGCCAGAGAAGGAAGAGAGCAACCUAUGGAUGAAGAGAGAGUGUUGAAAUCAGCCUAUCUGGGAGCAAAGUGCAACACCGAUACUUUUUAUUUUCUCUCUUCAACAACAAGAGUCAAUUUUAAAAAGACACAUGCAAAUUCAAAAGACCAAGACGGCCAAUUCAGAGUAACUUAUGACAUGAUAGGAGGCUUAACUAGUCAACUGAAAGCAAUACGGGAGAUGAUCGAGUUGCCUCUCAAACAGCCGGAUCUCUUCAAGAGCUAUGGUGUUCCUCCCCCAAGGGGGGUGCUGCUGUAUGGCCCACCCGGCACAGGGAAGACCAUGAUUGCCAGGGCUCUUGCUAAUGAGGUUGGAGCCACUGUCUUUGUCAUUAACGGCCCUGAGAUUAUAAGCAAAUUCUACGGGGAGACUGAAGCAAGGUUACGGCAGAUCUUUGCUGAAGCCACUUUGCGGCGCCCAUCAAUUAUUUUUAUUGAUGAGCUGGAUGCACUUUGCCCUAAAAGAGAAGGGGCUCAGAAUGAAGUGGAAAAAAGAGUAGUGGCCUCACUCUUAACGCUGAUGGACGGUGUUGGUGCAGAGGGAAGUGAAGGGCAGGUAUUGGUUCUUGGGGCCACAAAUCGCCCUCACGCCUUGGAUGCUGCACUCCGAAGACCUGGGCGAUUUGAUAAAGAGAUUGAGAUCGGAGUCCCAGAUGCUCGGGACCGGCUUGAUAUCCUACAGAAGCUGCUUCGGCGGGUGCCCCACGUGCUCAGCAAAGCUGAUCUGCAGCAGCUGGCCCGCAGUGCUCAUGGCUACGUUGGCGCUGACCUGGGAGCCUGGUGCCACGAAGCAGGUCUCUGUGCCUUGCGGAGAGUUCUGAGGAAACAGCCCAACCUGCCUGACAGCAAGGUCGCCGGCGCAGUGAGGGUCACCCUGGACGACUUCCUGCGGGGCGUGAGCGAGGUCAGGCCCAGCGCCAUGAGGGAAGUGGCCAUCGAUGUCCCGAAUGUGUCCUGGGCAGAUAUCGGAGGACUGGAGAAGAUCAAACUGAAGCUGAAACAGGCUGUGGAGUGGCCCCUGAAACACCCUGAGUCCUUCGUCCGCAUGGGCAUCCAGCCGCCUCGAGGGGUUCUCCUGUACGGGCCGCCCGGCUGCUCGAAAACCAUGAUCGCCAAGGCCCUCGCCAGCGAGAGCGGACUCAACUUCCUGGCCGUGAAGGGGCCUGAAUUAAUGAGCAAAUACGUCGGAGAGUCGGAGAGAGCGGUCAGAGAGAUCUUCCGAAAAGCAAGAGCAGUGGCUCCUUCCAUUAUUUUCUUUGACGAACUUGAUGCUUUAGCAGUUGAAAGGGGCAGUUCUUCAGGUGCUGGGAACGUAGCUGACCGGGUCUUGGCUCAGCUCUUGACGGAGAUGGACGGCAUUGAGCAGUUGAAGGAUGUGACCGUUUUGGCUGCUACUAACCGCCCAGACAGGGUUGACAAGGCUUUGCUGAGGCCUGGCCGGAUCGACAGGAUCAUCUAUGUGCCUUUGCCAGACGCAGUGACCAGGCGGGAGAUACUGAACCUGCAGCUGCGCUCCAUGCCCGUCAGCAGCGAGGUGGACCUGGACGAGCUGGUCCCCCUGACAGACACGUACUCGGGAGCAGAGGUCGUGGCUGUGUGCCGGGAGGCGGCCCUGCUGGCCCUGGAGGAGGACGUCCACGCCGACAGCAUCCGGCGGAGACACUUCACGCGCGCCCUGAGCGCCGUCAGGCCCCGCAUCCCCGAGGCGCUGAGGCGGUUCUACGAGGACUACCAGGAGCAGAGCGGCCUGCACGCGCUCUGAGGGGCGCCGCGGCGGCCUGCCCGGGGAGCUCGGCUCUGUGACAUUCAGUCCGAAGCGUCAGAGGAUCCUCAGCAUGCGCGUGGGAAAGGCCGAGUGGAGCGUCUUCCUUCCUCACACUUUACACAUCGCGCGGUCCGGAGGCUGACGAGAUGGGCCUGUCUGAGGCGCUCGGGCCGGCCCACCGCGCUUUCGUUUUCGACCUGCUUCCCUCGGCCGCCUCUGCCCCCUGCGGGCCCGUGUCCGCGCCUUCCUCCCCAGC